UUGGGUCGGCCGGAACUUCCCAUACGGUCCUUCUCUGGGGGGGGAUGCAACGAAGCACCGAAGUGCCGCAACAACCCAUGGUCGUCGAUGCUAGCCGCCCUCCAUGUGACGGUAUGGGCAAUCAACUUUUCAUUCUGGAAGCUAGAUGCGCAGAUACGCACCACUCUAGCCUCAUUUAUUUGGUGGAUGUAUUCGCAUACCCCACCUUGAUUACUUUGUUUCAGAGGCUUGGUGUUGGAGUGCCGGUCGCCAUGGCUUGCGGGAGCUAUCUUAUACCAGGUAGUGAUAUGUUUCGGUAUGUUCAUGGGAAGGUCUAGACCACGACAGUCUUCUCCCCCGAUCUCUUGCCCCCUCCUGCAAUCGCUCUUGCCAUAGCAGGAAGAAAAUCUAGACCCCGUAUAAAGGCGACCUUGCCCACUCUUCCCAGUCCCUGUGUCAUCCGUCCCUCAUACGCCCGCACUACAACACAAGACCCUCUGAGCAGCGGCUUUGCUCG